AUGGACAACAUCGAUAAAGCCGCUUGGACGGGUGCAGAACUGACGUGCGCACAGAGCUGCUACACCAGCAGUCGCGUUUAUGUAGGAGCAACAGACGGAAGUGUGCGCGCUAUUGCUGCGAACGUCUCUUGUGCUUCAAGCGACACGGAGCUACCACUGACGCAAGCGGAUUGGGAAUCACGUCUGUGUGCUCAUGCUGUGACGAGUGUUUGCGGCAUUGAAGCUAAUAAGAAGGAAAAGAGUACACUACUGGUAGUUGGUAGUGCCGGUGGUGAGCUUGUACUGCUGCACGAAGAUUUGGAGAUCCGGCGUUUCCAAUUAGAAAGUGCCGUGCAGAAAAUUUGCUAUGAUCCAAUUGGUGAGUUUAUUGUGGGGGACGUGCUGGGCAAUCUCUAUGGCGUCACGCAGUAUGAAAUUCGAUGGAAGAGACGACUUCCUGCUUUCGCUUUAAGAGAUGACAUUGACUCAGAGUUUUUCUAUCCUGCCGUGGCGCAGCCAACAGUGCAAGCGAUCACGUAUGCUAGGCUGCUGGACGUGGAGAAGACGCUGUCCAACUACAUUCUCGUGGCAACUGGUCAGAAGUACUUGGUAUUAACCCAUUGUGGCAAAAGUUUUGGUACGAUCCCCACCCGCACACCGAUAGUGGCACUGGUAAGCAUUCCUGUUGGUGACGAAGAUAUUGUUCUUGCCUCCGGAGAGGAAGGGAUCAUUUAUCGUCUAGAGAGCUAUCGAGAAAUAGGACCUAAGAAUAUGCCUAGCUUCCGGUUUGCUAUGAAUAUGUGGGCUCAGGUAUCGUUUCCCGUUCUAAAGCUAAUGUCUGUCAAGAUUCCUUACGAGACGAACAAGCUUGAAUUUGCGUGGAUUUGUCUGGGUGUCAAUGGUGAAGUUACUCUUUUCCGUGGCCGAGGGCGUGUGAAGGAGUGGACGAUUGCCUCAUAUCCCAGUACUCGCGACGUAGAGCUGGAUUUUCCCGUCGAUUUGACUCUGUUGAACAGUGGCGAUGUCGACAAACAACCAAGUGGAGCUAUCGUGUUUCCAGGAAGAAUAUGUACCUUCUCGAUUCAGCAGUCGCUAAGUAUCGCAUGCAAUCGUACAACGUAUUCGCCAACUUAA